CCCCCAGUGGCCACUCCACGCUCUUCCCGUCAUUGUUUGUCUGCUCCGCGCCCUCACCUCUCUCUCUCUCUCUCCCCCCGCUGCCGCCCCCAUGGUUACUGCUCCAGUGUGGGUAUAGAUGGUUGUGGAGCGUUGGAGCGGCCCGGCAGCCAUGGAGGAGCUACUGUCGUUAAAGUGGAACAACCAUCGCACCACUUUCAUUCAUAUUUUGGGGGUUCUCAGGGAUAAGCAAGCGUAUACGGAUGUCACUCUGGCAUGUGAUGGCAAAUUCUACAGUGUGCACAAGUUGGUGCUUUCAACGUGUAGUGAUUACUUCUGUGCCAUGUUUGACAAGACUGCUUGCAAGAGCCCUGUUAUAGUGUUAAAAGAUAUUAAGUGUGAGGACCUAGAGGCCUUGCUAGAUUAUAUGUACCUUGGUGAAGUGAAUGUGCGACAAAGUGACUUAGCUUCUUUAAUUAAGGCAGCAGAAAAUUUGAGAAUUAAAGGCCUUGCAGUACCUGAUGAUGAACCUCCAAAUAAGGGCAUGGGGGUAGCACCUCCACGGACAGAACCUGUUAGGAGAGAUGGAGGAAGUGGUAGUCCACCAACAAAGAGAAAACGAAGAGAUGAAGGCGAAGAUGGCAGGGAAGAUGUUAGACCGCCUCCGGCUCCACCUUCAUCAGGUGGCUUGCAUACACCCCCACCUGCAUCUAGACCAAAGAGCCCUGUUAGCCAGCGGCUGAGCCCUUCACCUCAUAGAACCUCUCAGGAGUCACCUGUAGCUGAAGACCGCACUAGCCGUCCCCUUUCUUCUCCAGCAGAACCCCCUCCAGCAUCACGGGCAUCUUCACAACCCCCUGCUCAGUCUGCAUCUUCUCAACCCCCUAUUAAUCAGUACACCGAUGACACUCCAUCUUUUGUAAAGGUGGAGAUGGAGGAAGAGCGUCCUGAUGAUAUGCAUGGGGAUUCGUAUGAUUUAAGUGCAGAUGGCUAUAAAGAAGAAGGGGAUGAUUCGGGGAGUGGAAUGAACAAUGAUUUACCCGAGUUCCUACAAGCAGCUGCCUCUGGAGCCUUAGGCAGUGGUGCUGCAUCUUAUGCCCAUCACUCCUUUGCUGGCCCUUCUGGCUAUCAGCCGGGGGAUCUGGCUGGCUGGCAGGGUGAUGGCUCAUCUUUAGGGUUUCCAGCUCAUCUAAACUUCAGCACCUCAGACAGUUCUAGUCAACAGAAUGCACCCGGGGUUGACAUAGCCAGACAAGACUCUGCGUACACAACCCUUCCGGCAGUGGAUAGACGACAUCACGAACCAGGAGGACAUGCUCCAGGUGGAAGCAGUGCAGGAAUAGGUGUAGCAGAAGAAAAAAAUAUUGUUGCCUUGCCAAGGUUCUGUAGUAUAUGUGGACAUUCAUUCAGUGGCAUAACAUGGAAACAGAAGCUUGAGAGGCACUUGCUGGUUCAUACAGGGCAGAAACCCUUUCAUUGCCCCUACUGCCCACAUCGCACCAAUCGCAAGGAUGCUCUCAAGGCUCAUGUUGCAGCCCUACACAAGGUUCAUCUGCUUGCAUAAUUGUUAUACUGUACUUGUAUGAAAAUGUCCGUGAGCAUUAGUGAAUGGUGUGUUGAUAUUAACAGAGUAAACCAUUGCCAAUAGUGUGUCUUUUGCGAAGGAAAAGAGGAGGAUAGGUUCUAUGGUGAUGAUUUAAUUCAAGGAUAAGCAAAAGGAAGAAUUUUUUUAUUAGUACAUUAAUUCAAAAUGCAGCUAAUGUAUGCCAUAAUGCUGGUCUACGAGCUGGUGUGAGUAACUGCCUUUAAAUUUGGAUGUCAGACUGAAUGGGCCUUGACUAUUAAAUAAUUACUGUAUCACGAUGCCUGCUCUUAUUUUUAUUAAGAUUUUUAUUAAUUAAUUAUUUAUUUCAAAAUUCUCUAGAGCUAAAUUUACAGGAAUUAUUUUAGGUCUUGAGUUUUUUAAUUUGUAAUGUUUAUCAACUUGCUUGAGUAAAUAUUUAUUGAAUUAUAUUUUCAGUUAUUUGGCUAGUAUGUGUUUUUUAUUAUUUUGUUAUUGUAUAUAGCAUUUAAAAAUGUAUUGGCAGUGAUUCUAAUAACAAACUUUACAUCAUUUUGGCUUAUUAAAUUUGCUCAUUUUUAAAUGCUAAAAUUUUGUUAAGGUUUUUACUAUUUUUUUUUUUUGUGAACACACUGGCAAACAUAAUGUACAUGAUAUUCAGAUUCAGAAAUCGGUGUGGGUGAUUACAACAGUUUGAGUUUAGGCAUGCUAGAGGAUGAUAACAGGCAAUGAUGGAGUUUAAAUACACAAACUAUAAAUUAAAAUCCAAUCUGCUAAGAGAGGGACCUGGGAGAUAAAGAUUACUGAGUAUUUAAGCCAUCUUGGUGCAACAUAUAGUGACUAAGUAACUAUAGUGACUAAAGAUUUAUAAUUAUUAGUUUGCUGGGUAUGAACAGUAAUUGACUGUCAGUAGUCUUCAACCUUCCAUCCAGAUGUUUCCAUGGUUUAUAAAUGAAAUUCAGUUACUCAACUAAAGAGAUAAGACUAUGGGAAUCAAAGAAGUGAUGCAUACAUAUUAAGUAGACAGUACUUCCCAUUGGCUAGUGCAGUGAUCUAAUCAAGUUGACUCUUGAGGUGAAUUAUUUCUCAAGAAAUAUAAUUCUAUAGCAAGAUGGGAAUAGUAUUUAAUGCAGUCAGGUUAUCUGCAAGAAGUCUGUGUAGUGUGCACUUAAAAUCAGUUUAAUUUCUCCCACUGUGAAAUGUGGUUUUCCUUUACUUGAGAAAUAACCUCCUGAUGUUAUGUUAUAUUAACAAGGCCUAGCAACAUUUUACAUCCAAAGCUUUUAUGCAAAACGUUUACCAGAAGAAUAAGGAAAAUAUCAGUUAACUCUUGGCCUGGAUGACAUCCCAUUUCACACAAAAGGAUGCUCAUUUCCUUUGAAUGAUUUUUGGGCAUAAUGUCACAUGUCCACAUAAAAGACCUUAAGGCUAUAAAUAAUAGAGAUGAUCUUGCAUAAAGGUGGGAUGCGUAUCUUAACUCUUCAGUUGUACAAAAAUAGAUUUUUGGUUAUGAAAUCCUGUUUUUCCUGGUAUAACUACUGUUUAACAAUAUUGGAUAAUUUGUAAAAUAUAUUAUUUAUUUGUACUCAAUUAUUAUAGUACUCAAUAAUUUGUUUGUAAUUAGUGUAAAUAGUAUGGCAGCAUAUUGUACUUAGCGUGUGAGCACAGGAACAAAGGUGACGAAAAAAUAUUACAAAGUUUGUUUUUUGCAAACGGUGGUACACGUUUGGAACAGGUUACACGAGAAGGCGGUAGAGACCAAAACCGUCUAUACAGUAGUUUCAAAGCGUCAUAAGACAAAGCAUACUGGGAAGACGGGACACCAUGACCAUAGCUCUUGUCCACUUCAGGUAUUUACACUUAGGUGACUACACACACUUUGCUGGGACAAUUUAUGUGAGCUGGUGGUAGAUACUACAAGCUUAGCUCUCAUCCUAUAUACUGUACUGUAUACACUUACAUAAUUACUCUGCAGCAUGCAGGUGGCUGCAUAAUAUGCUUCCAAGAACACUUUGCAUUGGACAAGGAGAAUAUAAUUUACUUUUUUUCCCUCUGUUCAUGUGUUGUUUAGAGGUUACCUUACCUUGUCACUUCGAAUGAAAAAAAAUAUUUCAAGUAAUUCUUGUUAUUGCGCAUUUUUUGGUGAAGACUAGUACGAAAAAGCCUCAGCUGAAGGGUUAAGUCAUCCUCACAUUUGUACAAGUCGCUAAUCCAGUGUUAAUAAGAUAGUGGCCGAGAGAUAUACUACUUGUCCCAUGUUAGAUUCCAUUUUACAGUCAAGGACUAAAACAUUUAGGCCAGAUCUUCUACAGAGUUGACCCACACUAGAAUGGAGAAUGCUCCUUGUCACAAAAGUUUUUGUAUUUAGUUUGGAAUCAAAAGUAACUAGAAUCAGUGACGGUCAUGCCAUAUAGUGUUAGUCCUUCCUCACCAUGGAUCAUGCCACAAAUUAGGCAUUGUUAUUGUACAUGGAAAAGGUGGCUUAAAUUGUGCAUACCAGAUACCAUCUUUAUGCAAUUAUUGUGAGUAUAUUUGUACUUGUAAAAAACAGAUAUUACCAUGGCAGUUAGCCUUGGGUGAAUUGCGAGUGCAGUAGAACUAGAAACAGUGCCACAUUUAAACAAGCAUUAUAGUGGUACCUACAGAAUCCAGAUCAUACCAUUCUGGCUCGAUCCUAAUAUUGUACUGUAUGUGUGAAAUUUCUGAAAAAGUGCAUCAUAUUAAAUUAAAAAAUGAACCAUUAAA